GACAGGGCGGCUUCCGGCGGACACCCGGCCGGCGGCCAUGGGCAAGCGCGGGAGUCGCGGCCGCAGCCAGCUGCUGAGCUCGCUGAGCAAGAAGCAGAAGAAGCACCUGCGCGACUUCGGCGAGGAGCACCCCUUCUACGACAGGGUUUCCAAGAAGGAAGCAAAACCACAGAUUUGUCAACUGUCAGAGAGUUCAGACUCUUCACAUUCUGAAGAUGAAUCAGAGAGUGAACAAGAACACGUUUCUGGGUAUCACAAACUACUUGCCACAUUAAAGAAUGUUUCUGAGGAAGAGGAGGAGGAGGAGGAGGAGGAAGAUGAGGGGGAAGACAGUGCCGAGGACGAUGUAGUGAAUGAUGAAGAUGGUGGUGAUGACGGCAUGAAAGAAGAGAGGACAGCAGAGUCUGCUGAAGUGGAGGCAGAUGUGGCCUUAACUGCUGACCUUGAAAGAGAAGAUGGGGAAGAACCACCUGACACCUCUCAGAAGUCCCCAGAGGGGUUCAUAGAUGCAAAACACGAGUCUCUGUUCAGCUUGGAAACCAAUUUUCUGGAAGAAGAGAGUGGAGAUAGCUGUUCUCUGAAAACAUCUCAAGAUCCAUUUGUGCAGCAUGUGAACAAAGAACUGAGAGAGAAAGAGAUUCAAGCUGUUGCCACAAAUCCUCCAACUACCCAUCAGCUGAAAUGGCCCAUUUUGGGCCAGCUUGUGUUUUCAUCCAAAUUUGAGAAGAUGGAAACGUUUAAGCCUCCAAAGGAUAUCAACCUAACGUCCCUUCAUCUCCAGAAACCUCUGGGAUCCACCUGGACCAAGACCAACAGCCAAUUUCUAUCUGGUCCCCAGAACUCAAGUACUCCCUUCACCCCCCUCCAGAAAGAGCUCUUCUUGAUUAUGAAUUCUUAUCGAGACCUGUUCUACCCCGAAAGGACUGCUCUGAAGAAUGGGGAAGAGAUCCGCCACGUGUACUGCCUGCACGUCAUCAACCACGUCCUCAAAGCUAAUGCCCGGGUACUGGCCAACAACAGCCGGCGUCGGGCUGAGAAACUUGGGGUGGGUGAUGACGACGACUUCAGGGACCAAGGGCUGACGAGGCCCAAGGUACUGGUAGUGGUGCCCUUCCGGGAAGCUGCCUUGCGGGUGGUGCAGAUCUUCAUCAGCCUCCUUGAGGGUGACAGUAAGAAGAAAAUCAUUGUAAGCAACAAAAAGAGGUUUCAGGGAGAAUAUGGAUCAGAUCCUGAGGAGAGACCACCCAACCUGAAGAGGCCUGAGGAUUAUGAGGCUGUGUUUGUGGGCAACAUUGAUGACCACUUCAGGAUUGGAGUGGCCGUGCUUCAGAGGAGCAUCCGUCUCUACGCCCCCUUUUACUCCUCGGACAUUAUCAUCGCCUCCCCUCUGGGCUUGAGGACCAUCAUUGGUGCAGAAGGAGAGAAGAAGAGAGAUUUUGACUUUCUGUCUUCUAUCGAGCUUCUCGUCAUUGAUCAAGCUGACCUCUACUUGAUGCAGAAUUGGGAGCAUGUCCUGCAUCUGAUGAGCCAUAUGAACCUGUUGCCCUUGGACUCACACGGCGUGGACUUCUCUCGCGUGCGCAUGUGGAGCCUCAAUAACUGGUCCAAGUACUACCGCCAGACGCUGCUGUUUGGGGCCCUGCAGGAUGCCCAGCUCAACUCCCUGUUCAACAAGUACUGCUUCAACUCACAGGGCCAGGUGGCCGUGAGGAAUGUCCCAGUGACGGGCUCCAUCAAUCAUGUGCUGGUGCAGCUCCCGCAUGUUUUCCAGAGGAUGGAGGCCCCAGGCCUGGCUUCAGUGGUUGACUUCAGGUUUAACUUUUUUAUAAACAAGAUUUUGCCACAGUACCGGGAUGCUGUCAUGUCCCACACGCUCAUAUAUGUCCCCUCCUACUUUGACUUUGUGCGCCUCCGAAAUUACUUCAAGAAGGAGGAUCUGAACUUCACACACAUCUGCGAGUACACCCAGAAGUCUGGGGUCUCCAGGGCUCGGCACUUCUUCCUUCAAGGAGAAAAGCACUUUUUGCUCCUCACCGAGCGCUUCCAUUUCUACAAAAGGUAUACAAUAAAAGGCAUCAGAAACCUUAUAUUCUAUGAACUGCCUACGUAUCCUCACUUCUACAGUGAGAUCUGUAACAUGCUGAAAGCCACCAACAGAGGAGAGGAGGCCACGUGGACCUGCACUGUCCUCUACUCCAAGUACGAUGCCCAGAGGCUGGCUGCCGUGGUGGGUGUGGAGCGGGCGGCGCAGAUGCUGCAGUCCCAGAAGAGCGUCCAUCUCUUCAUCACCGGAGAGCAGUGAGUGGCCAGCUGCGUGCAGCACUGCUUGGACCCAUUCUGACAAAGCGCCACGCAUCGCCGGCUUAGCUGAUGGGCUUUUGUUUUCAGGUCAUGUGUUCCUGAAAAGUGAUUAUAAACCAAACAUCGGUUAGUCAUAGUUUUCAGACCUGGGGGGAUUUAGAAAGACUCAAAAAUUCACAAAUUGGAACUUUGUGUAAGCCAUAAAUCCCCUGCGAUUUUCAUUUGUGAUCCGAUAGGCGCUUUGAGUCUGCCUGUUUGACAUUCUCUCGCAGCGGAGCACCGCAGCCCUGCGUGUGGAGCGGCUUCUGAGACUCGGGGCGCGCUGCCUGUCAUCUUGAUUUUGGCACAGAUUUCUGUUUUUCCACCAGCCAAUUUUUUUUUUUUUU